GCUUCUCACGAAAUACACCAACCGCCCCUACAACUACUAGUAUUUAUCUAGACGCCCCUACAACUAGUACUUGAUACUCUUCAACACACAUCAGCUUCGCAGGAUUUAUUGCGCCUUUGCUCCUUUACUACACUCUUCACCUUCAAAUCCCUUUCUUGAAGAAAGCAGGCGAAAACACAUAAUUAAGUACCUUCUAUAGUGGAAACAGUAACAGCAAUCGCAACUACUUUUUCUUUUCUUCCUCAAGACCACUGACUCCUUCACCACCUCUAUCCUGUCUACCGACUAUAUAUUUAUAUAUACGAACAAUCGACUUGAUCUUCAUCAUAUUGAUUUUAUUUUCUGCCGGUUUUUUCUUUGGAAAAAAAAAAAUGAAGGUCUUUUCGAAUGCUUUUCCCGUUGUUGGAGCUGCCUUUGCGCUCCGUUUUCUUCUGUUCCAGUGCAACCUGGACGGUGCCGUCGCUCUUCAUGCUCCAGCAGAUACGGGUGCUGGAAUGGCCCCAUUCUUGCGAGACGAAGAACUGGACUACCACGACGCGGAGGGAGAUGAACUCGGGGGGGUGAACAACUAAGCGAACAAGUUAGUUCUGCGAGUGGACCGCAAAUUGGUACUCCUGCUGCUCCUGUUCAGGACGGAGCAACCCACCGCUGCUCCUGUUGCGAACCGCUGCGGCGCGGCCUGUUCAGGAGUGCUCGCUCGGUUCCCCAGGCACAACCCGCGUCGUCUGCACAACCCGUCGUGCGUGAAGAUCGUUCCCGGGCUUCCUCACGUGGUGCCUGCCGGUGCUGCUGUCCAUGUCGACCGGUUCGACGUGGUCGUUCGACGUCCUUGUCAGGUGCUCCACGCCAGAUGCAGAUGUCUGGUGGCCCCAUGCAUGAAGACCUCAGGAAGAAACGGGAAAAGCUGGUCGAUGACAAGUUGGAUGCAGAGGGACGUUUGUGUUCGAAGUUGCCACUCGGUUGCUGCAUUGUCGGUGGUAGUAUCGGGGCGGCCGGCGUGCUGAUCCCCCACGUCCCGGGGGCAGUGGUCGGGGCGGGUUGCGUUGCAUCGGUUGCCGGUUGUGGCGCACGGGCGACUUGUCUCUGUCGGGAGAAGCAGCAACUGCAGGCAGAGAUAGAAGCGGUUGACGCCGAGCACACGAGACGGAUGCAGGCCGCGGAAAAUGCGGCGGUUGUGGCCGGGCUGGAGGCGCGGGUGAGAGCCGCGCAACAAGGUCAGCUGCUACGAGGAUCUUCACCAAGAGCUUCAUCCAACUGGUCUUUGAGCACGUUGCCCCAAAGGGCGGCAGCCGGGUUCGGAAACCUAGUUGCUGGAACGCGGGCAGCCACUGACCCUCUUCUGGGAGUCCAUGGCCGCCACUAAUGGUCUGCAGUUGAGUAGGCUUGAUAAGGGCCUGCAAGUAAAUACUUAGUUGUCACCUACUGUAGAGCAAGUGCGUACUAACUCACUUGUUUGGGAGUAGAUCCUCUUUGUUACGCAGUCCGAAAAGUAAUCUUUUCGGAGUCAUUGAUGAGAUACAAUGGCACCUUCUAUCCAAUCUUGAGGCCGUGACGUGCACGGCGGAAAGAAUACGAUACAACAUGAUUUCGAACUACAACUUUAUAAAUAAGUAUGUACACCCUAGUACGAAGAAAGACAAAGAUUAAGAUUCCCUGUGAGCCGUACUCUACGUACUACUUUUUCUUUUACGAAGACGUAAAGCUAAAGCCCUGACCCUGCACUUUUUUUGCCGCGGCAUGGCAAAUCCAGAUGGAGACGGAUUUACUGACCGAGACAUGUUAUCCAUAGCGCGGAACGGUUCUCGGUCUCUUUACUAUAUUUUUACUCAUAACUAUUUAGGGACGAGGACGACGAUCGAGGGUUCGAAAAACUUUGGUGCACGCCGAGGCCGAGUAUCCCUGGGCCUGACGGUUUUUAGGUUUUACCAUUCUCCUCAUGUGCCAUGUGCUUCUCUUGAUAGGUGCACUGUGUCGCUCCUCUUUUUUAGUGGCGAAGCACCACUAGACUGAACUCCGUUUGUGGACUAGCUACGCGACUAUAGACAAGAGGCAGUAACACGGGCGACACAAUGCAGUGUUGUCUGCUACGCAUUCUUCACUGGUGCAAGGCAGCGUGCUGCAUCGAGAGAAUUUUUUUCAUGUGGUUGCUUACUUUCUUUGCAUGGGGUCUUCCUCUACUUCUCAGCAUGUCCGAGUAAUAUGAAGAUGCCUUCUGCAGCACAGUCAGAGGCACUAUUAAAACCUUUCCGAGAUUUCGACAUGUUGGGAUGCCCAUCAAAGAGCAAGAUGAAAGAAUGGUCUAGAACCACCCAAAAAAUAUAUAAAUGUCGCUCCUCUUUGAGGGACGAAG